AUGUCUGUCAUGGAAAUUGAAAUACUAAAAAAUCCUUCUUUCAAAGGAAGGACGUCGUUGUUUGUUGAUGAACUCAAGUAUGGAAAUAUUUCACUGAAAAUCUCCAAAGUCAAAUUUGAUGACAUAGGGACAUACACAUGCUAUAUUCCAGAGUUGAAAAAAGAAGCUUUCGUCAAGCUAGUUGUUGCAUCAGAUGCUGCCACCUCACCUGUCAUCAGUUUAUCAGGGAUUGACAAAAACAGAGGAGGAGUGGUGUUACAGUGUGAGUCUUCAGGCUGGUAUCCAGAGCCUGAGCUGCUGUGGUUGGACGGUGAGGGAAACCUCCUCUCUGCUGGACCUACAGAGACCCUCAGAGGUCCUGAUGACCUCUAUACUGUCAGCAGCAGAGUGACUGUGGAGAAGAGACACAGCAACAACAUCACCUGCAGACUCCAACAGAGGAACACCAACCAGAGCAGAGAGACACACAUACAUGUUCCAGAGGAUUUCUUUGAGAUCCCGUCCAGUUCUCCCUCUCUCAUCAUCGGUUUGGUUGUUAGUUUGGCUCUUUGCAUCAUGCUGUUAAUUUUAUCAGCUGUUGUUCUUUUACUUAGAAAGAGGAAACACAUGAUGAAGACCAACAGAAGGGCAAAGGAUCAGACUGACUCAGGAGAUGUUCAAGUUCCUCUGAGGAAGACAGAGAGAGAGCUACUCAAUACCAGCAACUCUUCUACCAAAACUAAGAAGCAGACUUCAUGCGUGAGUAGAUAA